UGAAUUAAAGGCAACUGGACAGAUAUGUGUAGUUGGUGUUUUUGGGAAAUCAAGAUACGGACAUCGGUCUAAGACUAAUAUUGUCAAUAAGUUAUUGGGUAGAAAUGUUUUUCCAGUUUAUUUCCAUGACGAUAACAACUUUGAUGAUUCAGAUGACAAAAGUUGCAAAUUAGAAGCCUAUUUUGAUGAAAAGUCUCAGGUCUUGUUUCUGCAUCUGAUUUCUGUUGCGGACAGCGCAGUUUUGUUUCAAAUGUGUCGUGAUUUAGACGAAGACCUUAGUGAUGCUGAAGCCCAUAAGCUAUGGCAAGACGCUGAACACAAACAUGCUAAGACAUUGCUAUUUAUGUUCAGUGUAUGUCAUAUUAUGGUGAUGGUUCACCCGAAUAGUACAUUUGAUUUGCAUUAUAUACGUCUGUUCAAAGCACUUGAAAAUAUCCGUCAGAAAGUGUUGCCAUUGAUAAAUGACAAAAUGGCGUCAUUAUCAGUUAACACAGAAUGGCAAAACAGUGGAAGACUAUGCACUCCCAGAUUGUUGUUUGUUGGACAACAGGUGAGUGCUAAUUGCUUGUUUACAGUGCCAGCCAAUCAGGCCUAUGUUCAUAUUGAAACUGGGAAAGAUACAAAUGACCCAGUUUCCACUGUGCUAGGUCAACUUAAAAAACAUACUUUAUACAGCAGUGAACCAGGUAUUUUAAGAAAUUACCAAGCCUCUCAUCAUGGAAGAAGAACAAUUACUAAUCUCCAUGUAAGCCGUUCUCAACCGAAUUCCAAAGAUGCAGAAUCAUUGAAAGAGUUUCUAUGGCAACAUAUUGAUUUGGUAUUGAAUGGGAAAGGUUUUGAUGAUGCAAUCAGCCGCAGUGUGGUUUCUCAUGUGCAUUUUGAG